AUGUUAAACUCUUCUCUCGCCACUCUUUCUCUCUGUCUCUCUGCUCUCUUCUUUGCUUCCUUUCCUCUCCCCGGCGAGCUUUCCGGCGAUUACCGGCGGCGCUUCGGCCCCUGAGCUCUGGAGUUCCUUGCAACUGGACGAGCUGGCGAUCGAGAACCACCAGAAGAUCGGCUUCGUGGGGAUCAAGCAGAAGAAAGUGAUGGUGGGUCCUAUGAUACGGCGGGGGAAUGAGAACAAUGCUCCGCCAUGGCUGAGGCCUCUUCUGAAGGCGAGCUUCUUCAUUCCGUGCGAGGUUCAUGGCGAUUCCAACAAGAGCGAAUGCAAUAUGUACUGCUUGGAUUGCAUGGGGCGAGCUCUCUGUUCCUAUUGCCUCGGCAACCACAGGGACCACCACGUUGUCCAGAUUCGGAGGUCUUCGUACCACAAUGUGAUCAGGGUGUCGGAGGUGUCGAAGUUUAUCGACAUCUCCUGCGUCCAGACCUACAUUAUAAACAGCGCCAAGAUCGUCUUCCUAAACGAGAGGCCGCAGCCGAGGCCCGGGAAGGGGGUGACCAACACCUGCGAGAUUUGCUGCCGGAGUCUCCUCGAUUCCUUCCGGUUCUGCUCCCUUGGUUGCAAGCUUGGAGGCAUGAAGAGAGACCCGGAGCUGACCUUCGCCCUGCGUCCCAAACCGAACCGGGAAUUGCUCCGUGGAUCAGAGUCGGACGAGUCAUCGACACCCCGGAAGCUCCGAAAAACGCAGGCGUUCGGCCGAGCCAUCGAAGUCCCGGCGAACCCAUCGGAUGACGAGGCCGGCAAUGCCACCGGUAGCAUUUCUCCGGGGACCCCUCCCAUCAUCAACUACCGGACUUCCAGAAGAAAGGGUAUUCCCCACCGAGCUCCAUUCUAAAGAUUAAAUGAAAAUUCUAGAAAAAUAAAGCUCGACAACUGUGAAAAAAUGGUGCAAUAAUAAUAAGAUCGAUAGGAGCCUACAAAGUUUGUAGAAAGAAAAAAGACUGGAUACAGUACUGAAUAAAUGUGGAAAGAGACACCUAGCACAUAUAGGGCAAAGCCAAUGGAGAAAGAAGCAAAGAUACAUAGGAAGUUAAAAGGAAGGAAAAACCUAUCUUUUCUCCUUUUUCUUUUUUGUUGUAAAUAUAGUUAGAAUGCAGUGCUCUCUCUGUUUCUCUCUCUCUCUCUCUCUCUCUCUCUCUCUCUCACACCUAAGCUUUAUACAUGGAGUGUGUUAGUUUUUUCCUA